AUGGAUUCAAGGGAGACUCCGACUGUUAAAUUUCAGCAGAAAGUUUACCCUAGUAUUGUCACAGCUCUAGUUAGAGCAGUUCAUGAAUGGUUGCUGAUUUUUAUGCUCUUUAUCGAUGCUGGUUUCUCAUAUUUGGUUACAAGGUUUGCUCGUUAUAGCCACUUGCAAAUUCCGUGUUUGCUCUGUUCAAGACUUGAUCAUGUUCUGGGCAAUGAGAGAGUAGGUUUUUAUUGGGAUCUGAUAUGCCACAAGCACAAGUUAAAGAUUUCAUCUUUAGUUCUUUGUCAUCUUCACAACAAUCUUGCUGAUGUUCAUGACACAUGUAAAAGUUGCUUUUUCUCGUUUGCCACAAUAAACAAGUCAAGUGCUGAAACGUACAGAUUAUUGGUCGGCAAAUUGGGGGCUGAGCCUCAUUCUGGGCUUGAUCAAGGUUGGAAACAUAAUCUCGGUUCGUCUGACACGAGAGAGUGUUCUUGUUGCAAUGAGAAAUGGAUGUCUACAAGUUAUGCUGAUAAUUUAAUUCAAACUAAACCAAUCGACACUGAGGAAGCUGAGCUUGAUGCUCCUUUAUCUGCAGCAUCUGCACCUAAUAGGGAUGAGUUGAAGGAGAUUAAAAAUGCACCAUCUAACUUCCACCAUCCGGGGAACAAAGCUGCUGAUCCUUUGUCACAUGUAGCAUAUUCAAAGAUCAAUGGUACUUCUGAUAAUGAAUCAGAAACUCCACUUUCUGAUGAUGAAAGUGCUCAUGCACUUAUUCGUGAAAUGGAGUCACCAGAACCUCUGGUUAUUGCUCAUGCUGAUCCUUUGUCACAUGUGGAAUAUGCAAAGAUCAAUGUUACUUCUGAUAUUGAAUCAGAAACUCCAUUUUCUGAUGAUGAAAGUUCUUGUGCACUUAUUCGGAAAAUGGAGUCAUGGGACAAAGAUGUAGCUGCUGAGUAUGUGCAACCAGAACCUCCAAUUAUUUCUCUUGCUGACCAUCAAGUUCUAGAGAAAUUGAUAUAUCCAGAUUCUUCAACCAAGCUUUCACUUUCAGAGUCAGAGAUGCAACUGGGCGCUAAUAUUUCGUGGUGCAAUACAAAAUCUGAGUCACCCAUUAAACAUCAUGGGUUGGAGGAACUUAACUGGCAACAAGAUAACCACAAAAAUGAUAAUGUGCUACCAUCUGAACUCACAACUUUUGACGAGGUACUUCAGCUGCCCAAGGUUUCUGGGACUCAAAAUUAUGAAUCAAAAGAGACUGAUGCCAAAGCCAUGGCUGAAUUAGAGAGAGAAGUUACCUUUGAGGGUGGAGAAACUUCUAGUUUGAAAGUGACACCACUUCAGCUUAAGAAAACUAAUUCUUUGGAUCUUAGUGAUGCUUAUAAGUUAGCUGUUGGCAAUAUGGGAAGACAGUUCUCCGGAAGACUCUUAGAACAACAGAGGUCUAUGAAGGAUUCUGAGAGAGCCAGUGAAGAUGUGAAGCACUUGCUGUCACAAAUAUCUUCUCGGGGAACUGAUCCGUCAUUAAACGAUAUGAGCCCUAGGGUGUCUGCAAACAGCGAUGAUUUUAGAACUUUUGAUGCUUCUAACCCUAUAGGGAUGCAGAUAUUACAAAGAAGGAUUUCGCUUGAGAGAAAUGAAUCUAAUAUAUCUCUUGAUGGAACCACUAUUAGUGAAAUCGAAGGUGAAACUGUGAUAGAUCGAUUGACACGUCAGGUUGAGCAUGAUAAAAAAGUAAUAGGUGCUUUAUAUAAAGAUUUGGAGGAAGAGAGAAAUGCUUCAGCAGUUGCUGCUAAUCAAGCAAUGGCAAUGAUUACUAGAUUACAGGAAGAAAAGGCAGCCCUCUAUAUGGAGACAUUGCAAUGCCUAAGAAUGGCGGAAGAGCAAGCUGAGUACGAGGGCGAAGCACUGCAGAAAGCAAAUGACCUGCUUGCAGAGAAGGAGAAGGAGAUUCAAAAUUUAGAGGUUGAACUUGAACUGCACAAGAACAAACUUGGAGAUGUGUCAUUGUCAGGUCACAUUUUGAUGCCAAAUCCUGAAUCUGGUUCCGGUGAAUUGGAGGAAGCACAAUUAGAUACAAACCAUAAAAAACUUAAUACCACUUCAUUUCACAGUUCAAAUGAUGAUAAGUUUGAUAUCAUCAAUACAGUUGUUGAAGCACUGAAGUUGUUUGGAAAUAAGGGCGGUAAAACCUUUGUGGAAGUUGAAGAUGAAAAACAAUAUAUCUUGCGAUGUUUAAAACAAUUAGAAGAAAAGAUUAAUUUAUUCUCGAAAAAUGAGGUCUACUCCGAGAUGACUGAUGGAGACAAUUCAGCAGAGGAAGAGAGUAAUGUAAGUGUUUCCAAAGAACUUGAAUACAGGCAGGCAUCUCAAGAAAAUAUUGGAAACUCCACCUUAAAGAUGCCUUCUUAUGGUAGAAGAUGA